AGCAGCGCCCUCUGCAGGUCGAGCUCCCACGCGACAGGAGUCGGUUUGAUGUAACCAGAAUCCCAAAGAUGGCGGCGUCGGUUGCACCUCGCCUGGCCAUAUUUGGCUCUUUUUCAACAAGGCCCAUUUCAGUUUUUGCUCUUCAAAACAAAAGCCUGCACAGCACUGCUAAAAAUGAUAACACCAGCACAAGCGUGGUACCAGUUAGAGAGAAAAGCACGGCCGUGGCUGCAGCCAAACCUACAUCUGUAGCCAGCAACAAGGGCGAGUAUGUGAUUGCUAAGCUGGACGACCUGGUUAACUGGGCUCGCAGGAGCUCUCUGUGGCCUAUGACCUUUGGCCUGGCAUGCUGUGCGGUGGAAAUGAUGCACAUGGCGGCUCCCCGUUACGACAUGGACCGCUUCGGGGUCGUGUUCAGAGCGAGUCCCCGACAGUCUGAUGUCAUGAUCGUGGCGGGAACGUUGACCAAUAAGAUGGCUCCAGCUCUGCGCAAGGUGUAUGACCAGAUGCCUGAGCCCAGAUACGUCAUUUCCAUGGGAAGCUGUGCUAAUGGAGGAGGCUACUACCACUAUUCCUAUGCUGUGGUCAGAGGCUGUGACCGAAUCGUACCGGUGGACAUUUAUGUUCCAGGUUGUCCGCCCACUGCAGAGGCUCUUCUCUAUGGGACUUUACAGCUGCAGAAGAAAAUCAAGCGUGAGAAGAAGUUGAGGAUCUGGUAUAGGAAGUGAAUGGGAACUGUAUGUGUGGAUCUCGUUUGUAAGCAUUGUGUUUCUGGUUGCAUUUGGAGCGCUGCUCCUCCUCCAUGUAGAGCUGCAGGAACGAACCUCAUUAAAGUCAUUGUUGUAAUUUAGACUGCUGCAUAUUUCAGUUACAGCUUUAAAUUUAAUUCAGACGUCUUCAAGUAGCCAUCAGAAAAACUGUAUUUCUCAGAAAUCAUUCAUGAACAUAAAUUAUGAGAGGCAUAUUUCAGGAUCUUAAAUGUUAUUUUCAAUAAACUGAGCUCACAUGAAAAUCCA